AUGACAGAAGGUGACUAUCCUAAAGCGGAAAGUGCCAGAUCUUUUCGACCAGAGGAAAAUGAAAAAUUUGUAAAACUCUUUAAUGAGCAGAAAUUCAGACCUAGAACUGCUAUUUUAAAAGUCUGGUUUAAAUAUCCUACCAACAUGUUCUUUCAACCCAUACCAGCUCAAGAUAAAAUAACUUUUACGAAUAGAAUAGAUGGAUUUUAUAAGCCGGAAAUAUACUAUACAGAUACUGAUAGUUUAUACAUUUCGUCUAGCAAUUGGGAUAAAUUAAAUGAAGCUGGGUUGGUGUCUGAAAACGAAAAUAGCAAAGGGAAGAAUGAUUAUGGUGAUGGUGGAAUCAUAUUUGGUUUAUAUUUAGCGCCAAAAGUAAAAUACAAUAUCAUUCUAACUUCCGACGGUAUUCUAAAAGAAAAGAAAACGUUUAAGGGUUACUCUAACUAUAAGAUUAAGGUAGAAGACUACAUUCAAUUAGCUAGUGGACAUGACGUAACGAAUGAAUUUGAUAAACCUUGGGUAAAAAGUUUUACUGAUGGAAUAGUUAUUCCUAAUGAAAAACAAAAGAAAGUUUUCAGAAGUUAUCUGAAUCUCGUUAAGAGAAAAGCACCAAACAGUGAAGGAAUUAUGUAUCCUUACACGACGGAAAAGAAUUGA